UGGCGUACAAAUGUUUCAAAUCAGAAGAUUCUGUCCAGAACACACAUGCUCUAUUGAUUAUAGACAAGGCAAACAUAGACAGGCAACUGCUACUGUGAUAGCAAAACUUAUUGCACACAAAUACCUUGAUGCUUCCAAUAAACCGUACCCACCAAAACAAAUUCGUGAAGACAUGAGUAUGCAGUAUGGAAUUUCCAUGUCAUACAAAAAAUCUUGGAAAGCACAGAAGAAAGCAAUGCAGCUGCAAUUUGGUUCUGAUCUUGAAUCCUAUCAGGUUUUGCCUUCUAUGGCUUAUGUGCUUGAGAAGGCGAAUCCUGACUCUAUGUUUGAUCUAGUCACAGGGAAGGAUGAUGCAUUUUGUACCUUUUUUAUGUCAUUC